AUGGACGAGCAGAUAGUUCCAUCCAUUGAGCAAUUGGGUCUAUGUGGCAUUGAAGACGAGGACCUUUUUGAGCCAUGGAAGGUCAAAGUAAAGGAGUAUAUUGAAGAUAGAGACUCCCAAUUCAAAGAGUUCAACUUAGAGCUUCCUCAAGACUUGGAGAGCUUGCAAUCGUCUCAUUUCAAUGCCAUUGGCUUUACUAAAGAGCUGAUAGAAGGUUCUAUCCACAAAGAGUACAAGGAGAUAGUUGAAUUGUCGUUGAAGGAACUUGUAAGUAAGAUAAGUGAGGGAAGUAUCAAAUCUACCGUGGUUCUUGAAGCUUAUGUCAGCUAUGCGGCCAUUGCUCAACGAUUCACCAACUGUGUGUGCCAGGUAUUUCUUGAAGAAGCAAGAGAGAGAGCUAAGUUUUUGGAUAGUUAUUUACUGACCCAUGGGAAACCGUUGGGACCAUUUCAUGGAAUACCCAUUUCUAUUAAGGAACAUAUUCCCUUCAAAGGGAAGGUAACCCAUUGCUCCUAUGUGUCUUUGUUGGAAAAUACUCCUCAAGAGAACCAGGUUUCAAUUCAAAUGUUAUAUGAUAUGGGUGCUGUCUUUUAUGUUCGUACUAACCAGCCCCAAUCACUUAUGGCAAUUGAUUCGCAUAAUAACAUCACGGGCCCCACUUUAAAUCCAUACAAUCUUGCACUCUCUGCUGGAGGCUCCACAGCAGGAGAAGGAGCGUUGCUUGCAUUUAAAGGCUCUAUUGUUGGUAUCGGCAGUGAUAUUGGGGGCUCAUUAAGAGUUCCUGCUAGUUUCACUGGUACCGUUGGAUACAAGCCUACCACUAGACGGUUUUCAUGUCGAGACGGGAUUGUUCUUGGGGAUUCUGCUAUAGACGGCGUAUAUGGACCAAUGUGUCGCAGUGUGGAUGACCUUGAGUACUUUAUGGAUAUCUAUAUCAACAAGGGAAAGCCUUGGAUGUUUGAUGAGUCCGUAAUACCAUGUCCAUGGAAUAGCUGUAUAAUCCCUCCCACAGCGAUUACUAUAGCUGUGAUAUAUGAUAAUGGUAUAGUACGACCCACACCACCAAUUACAAGAGGUCUUGAUUAUGUCACAUCUAAAUUGAGGGACGCUGGUAUCAAGGUGAUAUUCUUUGAGCCACCGAAAUCAAUUGAAGCUGCUCAAUGUAUCAAUAACUUAUACCAUGCUUAUGGUACGGAGUAUUACGUCGAGAAGCUUAAGAAAAGCGGUGAGCCUAUCUUAAAGCUUACGAAAUGGCAAUUAGCUUUUGGUCCAGGUGCUAAAGGUCUUGCCUUGAAACAGUUGGAAGAAACAACAAAGCUAAAGAACGAAAUAUCAAGAAUAUAUUUUGAUUAUGCCAAAGAUAAUAAUAUUACUGCCAUUUUGGGACCAAUCAGCGAGAGUGUGGCACCAAUAUCUAAUAACGGUUACAAUUGGUCCUACACCAACAUAUAUAACUUGAUUGAUUGGCCCGCCGUUGCUUUCCCUACAGGGUUAGUUCAAGAUCCUAAGCUUGAUGUUUGGGGUCCCGACCAUCAAUCUAGUUAUACCUCCCCAUUGGAACAAUUCUGUCAUGAACUUUACAAUGCGGAUGAGGUUGUGGGUGCGCCUAUUGGGCUACAAGUAGCAGCUCCGCCGUUUAGAGACGAGACUGUUAUUGGCGUUGCUGCAAUUAUUAGUAAGAUAUUGGAAUCAAAAUAG